AUGACCCGCAACGGAAGGCUAGGCCCCUCUGCCCCACGAGCCCCCAAUGCCAUAAUGUUAUGCACGCUCAACUUUCUGAGGUUCAACAUUGCGACUAUCGUUUGCCUCAGCUUCUUCGCCCUGGAGGUGCUGCUGUCAUCCUUCUGCAAGCAGGACUAUUUUCUCGGCUUUUUCUUCACCCUGGACGUUGUCUCCACUGCCUCCCUCAUUCUGGACCUCACAUGGGUGGCCGACACCUUGGUGUCAGAUGACAUGGAAAUGGGCGACAAGGCGCGGGGUGGACGAACCGCAAGACUGGGCGCGUCUGUCGGGCGGGUAGUGCGCGUCAUCCGCUUGGUUCGCAUUGUGAAGCUGUACAAGGCUGCCUACGAGAGGCUGAUGGCAGAAACCAAGCAGCCUGCAAAUCAGCCGGGAGACGAGACGAUAGAUGACUGGGACAACACAGAGCAGGACGACACCAAUGAGCGCAAGGUGAGAGCGCAGUGGGGCGCAAGCUUGUCGCACUGA